AUGGAGCGUGUCUCGGAAGAGACUGAACAGCCUCUGUCGACAAACAUUCCAGCCCUUCAGUUUCUAUUGCUCAAAGCCCAGAAUUACCACUCAUGUCUCGCCUUCCUCCACAUCCGAGACAGUCUCGGCAAGUAUGCUGUGUGCGGGCGUCCAGGCUCUUAUGCGAGGUAUACAUUACACCGAUUCAAUGUAUAUCGUCGGCACAUAUGCCUCGACCUCAUGUUACCAAUCAUCAAGGCCGUGCAACCCAUUCAAUCCAACAAUUUCUCACCUGCGGGUCGCUGUCCCUCCUCCCCAAUCAUUCACUCACUUAUCCAAAGCAAUACCAACCACUUUAAACCAUUCAUUAUGACUUACAGCAGUGCUGUCACCAUCAUCGCUCUCAUCAUCGCUCGCAGCGCUGGCGCUGCCCCUCAGGCUGGUCCUGUCCGCCCUACGUCUCUGGAGACGUUCACAUCCGCCUCCCCGCCUCCGGCUUCGACGCCGGCGACGUGGAGUAGUCACGCUGAGUCGCCGUCUGGAACGCCGACUCCGAGUUCUUCGUAUAUGAGCAUGCCCUCGAUGCCAUAUACAACUCAACCUUACAGCACCCGACCUCCAUUCUCUCAGACAACUGAGGCGUAUACGAGCUCUAUACCCGCCCACUAUAGCUCGUAUUCGUCUCCGAGCAUGUCAUAUUCAUCAACAUCCUCUACUUACACCACGAUGUCCUCCCCUUACACCACCUUGACGACCCCUUACACGACCUCGACGACCCCUUACACGACCUUGACGACUCCUUAUACUACUUCGACGACCCCUUACACCACCUCGACGACUCCUUACACUACUUCGACGACCCCUUACACCACCUCGACGACUCCUUACACUACUUCGACGACCCCUUACACCACCUCGACGACUCCUUACACUACUUCGACGACCCCUUACACCACCUCGACGACCCCUUACACGACCUCGACGACUCCUUACACUACUUCGACGACCCCUUACACGACCUCGACGACUCCUUAUACUACUUCGACGACCCCUUACACCACCUCG